UGGCGCUGAGGGAGGGGAGUCGAGCCAAGAUGGCGGCAGCGGCGGGAACCGGGGAAACGCCGUGAGAGACGGACGGGGGGUCCCGCACCCCCCCCCGCCCCCGCUCCCCGACCCCCCCUUUUCUGGGGUCCUUUUAGCGGGGUGACACCGGGCUGGGGGGCGGUUUAGGGGCGGGGAGGAGGAUGGCGGAGGAGAAGAAGCUGAAGCUGAGCCACACGCUGCUGCCGGCCGAGUCGAUGAAGGUGAUGGCGGAGGCCAUGGGCAUCGGGCAGGUGCCUGAGGAGACCUGUCAGCUGCUGGCUGAGGAGGCGAGCUACCGCCUCAAGGAGAUCGCCCAGGACGCCCUCAAAUUCAUGCACAUGGGGAAGCGGCGCAAACUGACGACGGGGGACGUCGACUUCGCCCUCAAACUCAAAAAUGUGGAGCCCCUCUACGGUUUCCACGCUCAGGAAUUCAUCCCCUUCCGUUACGCCAGCGGCGGCGGGCGCGAACUUUAUUUUUACGAGGAAAAAGAAGUGGAUUUGAGCGACAUCAUCAACACCCCGCUGCCCCGCGUACCCCUCGACGUCUGCCUCAAAGCUCACUGGCUCAGCAUCGAGGGGGUGCAGCCGGCCAUCCCCGAAAACCCCCCACCGGCCCCCAAGGAGCAGCAGAAAGCUGAAGCCACGGAGCCCCUCAAGGCCACGAAGCCGGGGCAGGAGGACGACGGGACGCUGAAGGGGAAAGGCCAGAGCGUGGCCACCGCCGACGGCAAAGGGAAGGAGAAGAAGGGUCCCUUGCUGGAGGGGACCCCGCUGCGCCUCAAACCCCGCAGCGUCCACGAGCUCUCGGUGGAGCAGCAGCUCUACUACAAGGAGAUCACCGAGGCCUGCGUCGGCUCCUGCGAGGCCAAACGCGCCGAAGCCCUGCAGAGCAUCGCCACCGAUCCCGGUCUCUACCAGAUGCUUCCUCGCUUCAGCACCUUCAUCUCGGAGGGGGUCCGGGUCAACGUGGUGCAGAACAACCUGGCGCUUCUCAUCUACCUCAUGCGGAUGGUGAAGGCUCUGAUGGACAACCCCACCCUCUACCUGGAGAAAUACCUCCACGAGCUGAUCCCCGCCGUCAUGACGUGCAUCGUGAGCCGCCAGCUGUGCCUGCGUCCCGACGUGGACAACCACUGGGCGCUGCGGGACUUCGCGGCCCGGCUGGUGGCCCAGGUCUGCAAGAACUUCAGCACCACCACCAACAACAUCCAGUCCCGCAUCACCAAGACCUUCACCAAGAGCUGGGUGGACGAGAAGACGCCCUGGACCACGCGCUACGGCUCCAUCGCGGGACUGGCUGAGCUGGGCCACGACGUCAUCAAGACGUUGAUCCUACCUCGGCUACAAGUGGAGGGCGAGCGGGUCCGAAGCAUUUUGGAGGGUCCCGUGGUCAGCAACAUCGACAAGAUCGGGGCCGACCACGUCCAGACCCUGCUCCUGAAACACUGCGCCCCCGUGCUGGCCAAGAUCCGUCCCCCCCCCGAUAACCAGGACUCCUACAAGGGGGAUUUUGGCUACCUGGGGGCUUUGCUCUGCACCCACGUGGUGAAGGCGCGAGCCCAGGCCGCCAUGCAGGCCCAGCAGGUCAACAGGACCACCCUGACCAUCACCCAGCCGCGUCCCACCUUGACCUUGUCACAGGCGCCGCAGGGGCAGGGGGGGCCCCCGCGUCCCCCCAGCAUCAUCAAGAUGCCGGGUGCCAUCACCCUGCCGGUACCGGGGUUGGGCCCGGGGCGCCCCGCCCCCCCCAGCCAGCCCUCCCCACCCCCCACCAAGUUCAUUGUCAUGUCCUCGGCCUCGGGGAGCAGCGCCUCGCAGCAGGUGAUCACCUUCAGCACGAGCCCCGCGCCCACGGCCACCUCCCCCGUCACCACCACCGUCCCCAGCGUCCAGCCCGUGGUCAAACUGGUGUCGGCGGCGCCCACGGUCCCCAGUGCCACCGUCACCGGCAGCGUCCAGAAGUACAUCGUGGUGUCCCUACCCCCCACCGGUGACGCCAAGGGGGGGGCCGGGACCCCCACGGGUGCCGCCGCUCCGGGUCCCCAACUGUCCCCCUCUGCCACCGCCUCCCCCGUUGUUCCCUCCGCUGUCACCCCCAAAUCGGAGCCUGGGGACAGUCCCCAACCGCCCCCCCCCUCCUUCGGGAAAGCUAACGGGACCCCCGGGGCGGUGGCCCAGUCCCCCCAGUCUGCCCAGUGACCCCGCUGGGACCCCGACACUGGGGACGGGGGGGGGUGGCCUGGGGGUCCCGCAGUGUCCCCGUGUCACCCGGGGGUCCCCACGUGUCCCUGGGACCCCUCUAUGGGGACACAGAGGGUGACAUGGGGGUCCCCCGGUGUCUCCGUGUCCCCCCCCCAGUGUCCUGAGACCCCUUGAUGGGGACAGGGGGUGGCUUGGGGGGUCCCUCGGUGUCCCCAUGUCCCCCCCCAGUGUCCUUCGGUGACCUGGGGGUCCCCCUGUCCCCCCCAAUGUCCUGGGACCCCUCGAUGGGACAUGGGGCGGGGGGUCCCCUGGUGUCCCCAUGUCCCCCCCCACCCCGGGCGUCCCUCAAUGGGGAUGGGGUGACCUGGGGGGUCCCCAAGUGUCCCCCAGUGUCCCCAUUUCCCCCCUCCAGUGUCCUUCUGUGACCUGGGGGUCCCUCUGUCCCCCCCCAGCAUCCUGGGACCCCUCGAUGGGGACAAGGGGUGACCUGGGGGGGUCCCCCAGUGUCCCCACGUGUUGUGUGUCCCCCCCCCAUGUCCUGGGACCCCUCGCUGGGGGGGGGGGGGUGGGGGUGACCUGGGGGUCCCCGAUGUCCCCAAGGGUCCCAGGGCCACCCCCGGGGACGGUGACAGCUGUAAAUACGCCCGCCCGCGUGCUGUACAGAACAAUAAACUCCCAGUUCCUCCCA